CGUUGCGUUCGCCUUGCUCACUUUUCUCGUUCGCUCGCUCGCCGAGCCUCAUGUAAUCUCGAACAACGUUGGUGAUACGUAGGCAAAAUGAGUGUCGAAAAUCCAGUCAGUGAAAAUGAUUGUGAAUCUGGAAAGGUAAACGGCAAUAAAAAUGAACACGUGAACGGUAUUCACAACGGAUACAGCACCUCCGAAAAGCACAAAUCCAGUCAUAAGUCGUCCAGCAAGGAUAAGCACCGUGAUAAAGAUCGCGACCACAAGAGCUCUUCCAAACAUAGCAGUUCCAGCAGAGAUAAAGAAAAGGAUAAACAUUCAAGCAGUAAAAAUCAUAGUAGCUCACAUAAGUCAUCCAGCAAGGACAAAGAGCGUAGUGAAAAAGAUAGGGAACGAAGUGACAAGAAUAAAGAUCGCAGUGAUAGAGAACACAGCAGCAAAGACAAAGACCGUAGUGACAGGGACAAACAUAGAAGUGAAAAGGAUAAGCACAGGGAUAAGGAAAGAAGUGAGAAGGAUAGAGGUGACCGUGACAAAGAUAGGCAUAAGAACAGCAGCAGCGAUGAGAAGAAAUCUUCAUCAAAGGAAAAAGAUCACAAGAGUUCAUCCUCUAAAGAACACAAAUCAAAAGAUAGAGAUCGUGAUCAUGACAAAGAACGUUCCAAAAGUGACAAGUCUCGCAGUGAUAAAGAUAAACACUCCAGCUCAAAAGACAAACACAGCUCCAGCAAGUCUAAGGAUAAAAGUAAAGAUGAAAAACAAGAGAAGAGCAAGUCUGAAUUAAGUUCACAAGAGUAUCCUGUUAAAGAAGAACCCAUGCAGGUGGAUGAUGUAAACGUGAAAUCAGAAUUAAAAGAAGAAAGUGAGGAUGGGUAUGGUAUUGCCAAUACCACUGUUUCGUCUUGUGAUUAUUCCCUUUCACAGUUCAAAGAUGAACCACUUGCAGACUUGCCUGAUGAUGAAGAAAGUGGUGAAGAAAACACACCAUUGUCGGAGCGCAAGGCUGUUAAAAGACGUAUGCCUAGUGAAAGCAAGGAAGAUAUUCCACUACUUCAACGCAAGAAAUCAAAGAAAAAAGUAAAAAAAGAACCUGAUUACGAUGAAGAGGAAGAAGAAAUACCCAAAAAGAAAAAAAUGAAAGCAGAAAAGGCAAAGGCAACCAAAGUGAAAAUAGAACAAAAUGAUGGUGCCAGCCCUACUAAACGUAAGAAAAAGCAAGAGGAUGAGCAAGAAGUUUGGAAAUGGUGGGAAGAAGAAAAGAAAGAUGAUGGGACCAAGUGGAAGUUCCUUGAACAUAAAGGGCCUUUAUUUGCUCCACCAUAUGAUCCGUUGCCUGCGAAUGUGAAAUUCCGUUAUGAUGGUAAAGAGAUGCGACUAUCUCAAGAUGCUGAGGAAGUGGCUGGAUUUUAUGCUCGGAUGCUUGAUCACGACUAUACCACCAAACCUGCAUUUAAUACAAACUUCUUUAAUGAUUGGCGUAAAGUCAUGACCCAUGAAGAAGCAAAAACUAUUAAAGAUCUCUCAAAAUGUGAUUUUAAAGAAAUGCAUGCGUUUUUCCAAAAUCAAUCAGAAAGAAAUAGAAACAAAACAAAGGAAGAGAAAGCUGAACUCAAAGCUAAAAAUGAAGAAAUUCAAAAAGAGUAUGGCUUCUGCAUAAUAGAUGGCCAUAAAGAAAAAAUUGGUAAUUUUAGAAUAGAACCUCCUGGCUUGUUUAGGGGACGAGGUGAACACCCUAAAAUGGGGAUGCUCAAGAAGCGUGUCAUGCCAGAAGACGUACUAAUUAACUGUUCCAAGGAUAGUAAGGUGCCCAAGCCUCCAUCUGGCCAUAAAUGGAAGGAAGUUCGACAUGACAACACUGUUACAUGGUUGGCUUCUUGGACUGAAAAUGUUCAAGGUCAAGCCAAAUACGUUAUGUUAAAUCCCAGUUCAAAACUUAAAGGUGAAAAAGAUUGGCAAAAAUAUGAAACUGCGCGGAAACUACACAAGUGUAUAGACACUAUUAGAGAAAACUAUCGCAAUGACUGGAAGGCAAAAGAAAUGAGAGUUCGUCAAAGGGCAGUUGCUUUAUAUUUUAUUGAUCGUCUUGCGUUAAGAGCAGGUAAUGAAAAAGAUGAUGAUCAAGCAGAUACAGUCGGUUGCUGUUCCUUGCGUGUUGAACAUAUAGAACUACAUAAGGAAAAGGAUGGCAAAGAAUAUGUAGUUGUGUUCGACUUUCUUGGUAAAGAUUCAAUUAGAUAUUACAAUGAGGUGCCAGUGGAGAAGAGAGUAUUUAAAAAUCUUGAACUAUUCAUGGAAAACAAGAAAGACAGUGAUGACUUGUUUGAUAGACUUAAUACUCAAACACUAAAUGAACAUUUGAAAGAUCUAAUGCCAGGUUUAACUGCAAAAGUUUUCCGUACUUACAAUGCCUCUAUUACAUUACAAAGACAAUUAGAUGAGCUUACAGAUGGUGAUGUUUCUAUACCUGAAAAAAUUCUAGCUUAUAACAGAGCUAACCGUGCUGUAGCCAUACUUUGCAACCAUCAGAGAGCAGUCCCAAAAGGGCAUUCUAAGUCCAUGGAAGCUUUGAAAGAAAAGAUUCAAGCAAAACGUGAUCAAGUGGAUGAAGCUGAGGAAGAUUUGCGGCAGGCUACUAAGGCAGCCAAACGUGGCUCAGUCAAAGAGAAGCUAGCUUGUGACAAGAAAAAGAAAGCCCUAGAGCGUUUGAGAGAGCAGCUUAAGAAAUUGGAAUUGCAGGAAACAGACCGUGAUGAAAACAAAACAAUUGCUUUAGGCACUUCUAAGCUCAAUUAUCUCGACCCUCGUAUAUCUGUUGCUUGGUGUAAAAAGCAUGACGUACCUAUCGAGAAGAUUUACAACAAAACUCAACGCGACAAGUUUCGCUGGGCGAUCGACAUGGCGGGCCCCGACUACAUCUUUUAAAACCCAAUCAAUCUCAAUCAAUGUUAGUGUGAGCUAUAUUUCUAUAUACAAUUUUGUUUUUUGCAAACGUUCCACUUUAUACAAUUUAUGUCUAUAUUAUUAUAUACAUUUACUUACUUAGUUAUUUUAUGAACUUAUGACCUAUGAAAAUUUAAGUGUGAUACACUGCGAAGGUAUUUGUUUCUAUUCUAAUAUUUUUAAAUAUUUGGACCCAAACGACACAUUGUUCCUGUCACAUUAGGACCGAAAAUUAGAAGUCUGAUUCUAAUUUAUUUUUAUUUAGAGCACUUAGAUAAAUUUUCGCUUAUAACCAUAGGGUAAGGUUUAAGAAUAAGUUAUUAAAAGUUCUCCUGUACAGAUUUUCUAAACUGUUCUUUGAUUUUCCAUCCUCUGAAAUACCUAUGCCUAAAUUCAAAAGGUCCAACAUUAUACCAUAAUGUGGUAAAUGGUAUUGAAUAUAUGGCUUACAAAAGUUAAGCAAGUUUCAAUUUUACGUAUGAAGGAUCGAAAACCAAGUCUACAACGCGCAUGUUAGUUCACGUAUAUCAUGUGAACAAGGCAAAAUGUCAAAAGACCA